UUUUGUUAUUGAAAAUAACAUCUGCAUCUUUCAAACAAUACAAAUUUUUAUUAAUCAAUUAUUACAAGCUAAAGUAUUCGUUGAACAAAUUUGCUUGCGUAAAUUAGAUGAGAGUAUAUUUAAACAAGUUAUAAAUUGUUUAUUUCGUCAAGGCCCAAUUGAACUUGACAAAAAGAAGAAAACAUAUUUGAUACAGAAGAAGACUGUUAAAUUAAUAACUGUCAUGAGAUUGUCACAGUGGCAGGUGAUCUUUUAUUUGUAUUUUGCAAGUUGUACGUGUGUAAAUUCAAAUAAUAUUUAUUGAUUUAUGUAACUGCAUUAACAAAAUAUAUGUUUAUGUAUACAAUAUUUUUAAUAAUAUAACUUCAUCAACGUGCAAUGGAUAUGGGAUGCAAACAAUUUUCAAUUUUAAUUAUAUUCACUUUUUGUCUAACAUGUUGUGAACUAUAUAGAAGUCCUAUAAUCGGUGUGCAAGAGCGAUGUCCUAGACUAUAUUCACAAACUUUUACAGGAUGCAUACCAAGAGGAAAUCUAAGUGCAGGUGUUUUUGAAGAAAUUUUAGGCGCUAAUGAGCUGAAAAUGUGUGUGUUGGAAUGUUGUUUAAAAGAAAUUUGUAAUGUAGCAUUCAUGCACAACAAUAAAUGCUAUCAUAUAACAUGUACUAAUGACGAACUCUGUUUACCAACUUCCUCAACCAAUUUAAGUAUAUCAGAUAAACUUUAUUUAGUUUUAGUAAAGCCAGUGACUGAGGAUAAAUCGUGGGAGGACAUACUGAGGCAACAAGAUCUUUCUACUAAUCAAGAAGAUAAAGACAUUUUAAAUAUUUUGAAUGACAGAAAAAUAUUUGAAGAUGCUUUUAGAGAUCUACUAAAAGAAGAAGAAUAUGAGAGAGACAUGUAUUGUGAAGUUGGAAAUAAUUGUCUAGCUAACGAAGAGUGUGUUAGGCAUGCAAAAUCUAGAACAGGUAUCUGUCAGUGCAUUGAAGGAUAUAGUCGUAAUUCCAAAGGCGAUUGUAUUCCUACAUUUCCUGAAGAAACGACUCUUCAAGGCCUUCCUAGUCUUCUGUCAGAACGUAUUAUAGAUAUUGAUAACAAAUCAUUACCAGUAACUCCUAAAAUGGUCAUUGUGCAAGCUGAAUCAAAAGAAGUUAGAUUACCUGUCUCUGAAGUUAAUUUAGAUGCCAAAGUAUUGGAUGAUUCAAAUAGUAAAUACCAAUAUGAAUGGACUUCGCUCCAUCAACCUGAAGGUAGUACUGCUGUUAAGCAUCAAAACGAAGGGCAACUACAUCUAGAAAAGCUAACAGAAGGACUCUAUUCAUUCAAGGUUGCCGCAUCAAAUCCCACAUCUUAUGGUGAAUCUUUUGUAAACGUUACAGUAUUGCCAGCUAAGAGAAUAAAUAAACCACCAAAUAUUAUCAUAACUCCGGCCAAUCAGACAAUAAAACAACCAAAUUCAGCUGCUGUUUUGGAUGCUUCUUCUUCUACUGAUGACGAUGGCAUCAUUUCUUGGCACUGGGAAUUACAACAAGGACCAUUAGGAUACGAACCUCAACUGAAAGAUACUCCGACUCUACAACUAAACGAUCUUACAAAACCUGGAAAUUACACUUUCAAACUUACUGUAACAGAUACGGAUAAAGAAAUCAGUAGUCAAACAGCAAAUAUAACUGUUUUAGCUGGUACUGAUUAUCCACCAGAAGCCAAUGCAGGCGAAGACAAAAUAAUUUACCUUCCUCACAAUUCCAUAACAUUGAAUGGAAGUAUGAGCUUAGAUGAUCACGCAAUUACAACUUGGGAAUGGACAAAAUCUCCCGACGAUGCCAACAAAGCCGUCGAUAUGCAGGACACUCGAACUCCGAUUCUUAAAUUAUCGAAUUUGGAAGAAGGAAUUUACACUUUUAUUCUAAAAGUUACAGAUAGUGCAGGUCAAUCCAGUACAGCUCAGGUUCAUGUUUUUGUCAAACCACCAACUAACAAACCACCUGUAGCAAACGCUGGUCAAAAUAUCACUAUAAGUUUACCACAAACUUGGGCUGUUAUUGAUGCUUCAAACAGUACUGAUGACAACAAAAUAAUGGCUUUCAAAUGGGAACUUUUAGAAGGACCGUCAUCGGUAACGUUCGAAAAUUCUAAUUCCAGCAAAACCAACGUCACAGGACUCACCAAAGGAACGUACACGUUUAAAGUUAGCAUCACAGAUGAUAACAAUAAUGUUGCCAGCGAUAAAGUUUAUGUUAUUGUUAACCAAAAUAAAAAUCAAAAACCAACUGCUAACGCCGGACCAGAUUUUGAAGUGGAACUUCCUAAGAACAUAGUCACCUUAAACGGUUCGAAUUCGAAAGACGAUUGGGAAAUAGUCAAAUGGAAAUGGAUCAGAGACCCUAGUUCACUAGCUAUCGGUAAUAUCGCCGAAAAAACCGACGAAUCACCAAUAUUAAUCCUAACCGAUCUCGCUGUCGGUAAAUAUGUGUUUAAUCUAACAGUGUUUGACGAGCAAGGAUUGAGUGAUAGUGAUACGGUUACGUUGACUGUCAAAAAUGAUCCCAAGAUGUACCAUUUAGUUGAACUGACGGUGGAUUUGGACGCUAAAACUUUGACACAAGCUCAGUACGACUUGCUGACGGGAAAACUGGCUUUGUUGAUUAGGGAUGGAUUAAAAUUACAGAUUAGGAGCGUUCGUCCAUCAGAAGAAUCCGGAAAUGCUCUAAUAACUUUCUACGUAGACGAUUCCUCCGGGAAACCCGCACCAGCAAAUGACGUUGUGCAUUACUUGCGUCAGAAAUUACACGUGGAUGCCAGCCUUCUGGGAUUUUCUGUUGAAAAACUCCAAACGAGCAUAUGUCAGAAUAAUUGUUCAGGGCACGGAGUUUGCGAUGAACUUACUAGAAAAUGCAAAUGCGAAGCUUUCUGGAUGCAAGACAUGUUCAAAGUUUAUUUGAAAUAUCAGGAAGAUUCAGAUUGCAGUUGGAGUAUACUAUACGUGGUUUUGGGUUUGGUUUGCGGAGUUCUGACUUUUUUGGGGAUAUUAUGGGGAAUGGUGCAUUUAUGUUACACUUUUUGUACGAAAAGGGGAGUCAACACAAAACCCACAACUUAUAAGCUUAUUGCAGAUACCGAAGAUAUAUCACAAUUUGGAUCGAAGAAAAGCAACUUUUCUGAUAGCGACACCGAUUCGGAUGUAGUUUUCGAGUCCCGUUCGAAACCACCCCGUUUUUCCGAUACCAGAAACGGCCACAAACCGACGAGGAACGGAUACACAAAACAAGGCAGAAGAAUAAAAACUUAGUAUCAGUAUUUAAUAGGUAUUAUUACAAAGUUUAUCCCAAUGAUGUGAUGUAAUUUUUUUAAUUGUGAUUUUUCGUUUUAAUUUUAAAUCUACUACUAUGCUGCAACGUUGUACGGUGGUGUGCCACUUUUAGUCACAUAUUCAGGAUCAUUUUUUCCUAUUUUUUGAAAAAUUUUUGUUAUCAGCUUUUGAAAUUAAUCACAGGAUUAAAAUUUUAUUAACAAAACCACAGGGGAUAAGUUUUCACCGUCCACAUUGAUGUUUGGUAGGGGAGACUGGGAUUACAAUUAAUUUCGAAUUGAUCUAAAAUACGGAUACAACUGUUGAUUCAGUUACUCAUUUAUCCUGGACAUAAGAGAAAUUAUGCUGAAAAUUGGAUAUUUCUUUUUAAAUUAGUCAGGUCCGGGCUACCAAUAUGACAUCUUGAAAGUAGGAAUCAACAAAAUAGACAUCAAUUGAUACAGACCCGUUUGUUUGUUCUUUUUUUGGGGUAUUUAAAUUUUUUGGUGACACGUAACGAUUGAUUUCCAUCUGUAAACAGAGUUUUAACCCUCUAAAGCGGACUUAGAUUUCUUGCCACCUCUACUGACCUCUGAAAUUUUAUUCCUACAAUGUAGAGACUUUUAAGUAUUAAGUAUAUGGUACUAUAUUUAAAUUUUUAUUUCUGUAAAAUUUCAAAACUCUUCUUCUCUGAGGGAACAAUAUGAAAUGUCAAACAUAAUUUUUUUGGUUAGUUGUUCACAUUGUCUGGAAACUUGGAUUCAAAUUUCAAAAGUCUAAAACCCUUUAAUCAUUAAACAUUUUUGCCAAUUCAUUAUUAUUUCGUUAAAUUUAAUUAUAAAAAGUUCUGUUAACAUAUUCAGAGUCGUUGUUCGGAACACGGAAAAACUAUUUGAAGACAUAAAAAGUCAAAUAUUUAAUUCUAAUUUUAUUUAUUUUCAAUCUCUAUUAUCAAGAAUUCUUGCUAUUACUAUAUACAUAAUUUCUAUAUGUUUACUUUUUUUCUCCAUUUUAUCGGUUGCUGAGUAUUCUUUCAAGUUCUUUCCUUUUUUGUUUAAAUUUGGACUCUAUAUUAUAGAAAAGUCAGAAAAAAAACACUAUUAUCAUUAAUUUGUCUCAUUUGGUCCUCAACAGCAUUAUAAAUAUAAAAUUAUCCUUAAUUACUUUCUGCAUCUUUAAUUAUAUUUUGCUAACGUGAUUCUAUUAAUCCUUGAAAUGCACAAGGCCCCGGCAGGGCGGCGCGAGCACCAUCUGUUGAGCAGUCAUGACAACAAGGUAUCGGCCAUGUUGUUGAUGCGCUUCGUGAGAAAGAGGAGAAAGCUUUUAGCUUUUUUGAGGGGAUAUAGUGAGAAAUUGAGAUUUUUUUCAGAUAUAGAUAUCAAACUAAUAAAUUCAGGGUCUCAGAUCAUUUUUGACAAUUCGAUAUUUCCAGUUUUGUCAGAUUCAUUAUUUCCUUUGAGAAAAAUCUAAAAUCUUCUCUAUUAUAUUCAUGUUGUCAAUUUCAUCAGGAAUUUGGAUUGAUGGUCCGUGUAGAGUAGAUAUAAAAAAAGCAAUACGGUUAACUGUUGAUAGAAAUUUCACGCGCCCCACGACUCUGUCCUAUGAAUACAGUUCACUACAGCGCAAGUCACCAUUUUCAGUAAUUCUUUGAAAGAAUUAAAAGACGAAAGUAUGGUGCUAUGAUCACCCCGGUUUGUUAACAAAAAACGCAUCAACAAUAUGGCUGACGCCCAGUUAUCGUAUCUGAUUGUUAGAUGGCGCUCGAGUCGCAGUGGCAAAAAAUGCAGCAUUGUGCAUUGUAAGGGCGAGUUGACUUAUGGACCGUUGAGCUAGUAAAUAAGAGUAAAUUUGAAUAUGAUACCAAAGAAUUUCGGGGAAUAUUUUUAAUUAUUACACUUUCAAUUAAAAUUAGUGUAACAAUUUGAAUUCAAUUUUAAUCAACUUUUGUUUAUUGAACUUGAACAUAAUUUUCAUUGCUGAUCACUGAUCUAGGGAAAAGUUAAAAUUGAACAAUAAAAGUUUUGUUCUAACUUAAUUUAAAUUAUAUUAUUAGCUAAUGACAAUUAACUAAUAUUACAACGUUGUCGCAUGAUUAUUAAUGUGUUAAGUUUCCACUAAUUUUACCCAGAAAGUGUUUUUAUAUUGUAUUUUGACUGUAUGGAUAUAAAACGUGUAAAUUAUUGAAUUUUUAUUUAUGAAAAAUAAAUGUAUGUGACAAAAUA